AUGGAGGGGGACAAGCGCCCUACGGCGUGCGUGGAUCACGCGGCAAUCGGCAUGGUCAUCGUCAGGCACAGCCGUAGCCGCUGCUGCGACUUCGAGGGCUGCCAGAGGUACCCCACCUUCAACUUCAAGGGCAAGAGGCGUCCGCGCCGGUGCAGCGAGCACGCAGUGGAGGGCAUGGUGGACGUGAAGGCGCCCUGCUGCGAGCAACCGGGCUGCUCGACGCUGCCGUACUACGGGGCCGGGGCGGAGAAGAAGCGGCGGCGGUGCGCCCAGCACAAGCUCCCGGGCAUGGUGGACAUCAAGUCACGCAGGUGCGAGUUCAGCGGCUGCCUCACCCAGCCGACGUACGGAGUACGCGGGGAACCGAAGGCGAGGCGGUGUGCCAAGCACAAGGUGCAGGGGAUGGUCAACAUCGUGCACCGGCACUGCGAGUUCCCGGGCUGCACGGUGCAGCCGUACUACGGGGUGGAGGGCUCCCGCGGGGGCACUCACUGCGCGACGCACAAGCUCCCGGGCAUGGUGAAGACCAAGGGGCAGCGGUGCAGCUACCCGGGUUGCUCCACCCGUCCCAGCUACGGCAACGACGGCGACAAGAAGCCCAGCAUGUGCGGCAAGCACAAGAGCCUCGGGAUGGUGGACGUGAUCAACCGGCGCUGCGACGAGCCCGACUGCAACACGCAGCCGACCCACGCCGCCGAGGGGACGACCCUGGCCACGCGAUGCGCCGUGCAUCGGCUGGAGGGGAUGGUGAACAUCAAGUCACGAAGGUGUGGUUUCGAGGGGUGCAACACCCAGCCGUACUACGGGAUGCCCGGGGACAAGCGGGGUUCCAGGUGCUCGAAGCACAGGGAGGAAGGCAUGGAGGACGUGCACAACAGGCGGUGCAAGUUCGAGGGGUGCAACGUGUCGGCGUCGUUCGGGCCCAGGGUUCGCGGGAUGGGGGCCACGCACUGCGCCAAGCACAGGCUGCCGCAGAUGGCGCCCCUCUACCGUAGGAAGAAUAUGGGAUCUCGUGUGCUCGAGAAUAGGGUUUACGGUACGUACCAACCCAUGCGGCUGCAGUGUAGGAGGACGUAGAGCUUCCUUAUAUCCGAGGAGGAGUUGCACCGUGUGUGUGUGCUCGCGGGGAAAGUGAUGGUGGGAGGGUGGGAGGGAAGACCAGAAAACAGGAUCGUUUUGAACCGCGGUUGGGUAUGCGGUCUUUUGGUGAUGUCUGCAUGGUUUUGAGUGUUUUCUCUCCCCUGCCGGACUCUCAAGAUUGUCUAAUCCUUUGGCGGGGGGUUCAAUUGGUGAAGCUAAUGGAGGCUUGCAAACGGAGGGAUACUCAUGGGAAGGAGUUACGCUCGUUCUGCUCGUUUGCUCUCUCGAAGGGCUAGACCCCCUUUUCGGUCUUCUAGCCAAAGGUCUGGGAUCGGUUGAGGAGGGCGGGUUACGUGGGGUCAGGGACUCGUGCCGAUGCAUGUAUGUAUGUGCUUGCCCUGCGGCGUUAGUGUGGUAGUCUGCUUCUUCUAUCAUUUUCAUUGGUCUAUCAGAACGGACGGCGCCACUCUUACACCUAUGCGUUGGAAAUGGCGACCGUCCCCACGCAGGGAACAAGCAAACAAACACAUUGCUUCGGCAUCGUACCCUCAGCAAUGCCCGGUACGUCGGGUCGAUCGUGUUCAUUCUGGGGGAAUUCUAGUACUUCGUUCGGGGGGACCGCGAUGCGUGCGCUUGUGCUUUUUGGCACGUGGAAGGUGACUGUGAUGUUGUCUGUGAUGUUGUCUGAUUUGGUUGGUGAGUACUCUGCUCUUGAGCUGCUUCUUCGUGAUUUGGGUUCGGCUGGUCAAGUCAUCGUGAUUAAUAUAUUGGUCUCGUCUGUCUCAGAUUCGUUCGUUAUCGAAGCUAUCGUGUGCACGUUCGUGUCAUGUGUGCCGUCAAUCCUAUGGGCUUGGUAAGAGUUGUGUGGAGCCCGGGGCCAUAGAUGGCUGCUUCAAAGGGUAACGCCCACAGUGUGGUGGUGUAUGUUGAUGUCAAAGCGUGUUGUUGUCUCUAAUAACGGUGCUU